GGAAACUGAAGCGUGUCGGCUGAAGUAACUUCCUGUUGAACGCUCGCCAGUGAAGUGACGGAAAGCGAUGUUUCUGAGGAGAUAACACUAUAAACCAGGCCCAACGGAAUAAAAGCCACUCAAAAUGAACUGGAUGCCCUUCAAGAUUGGACAGCCGAAAAAACAGAUUGUCUCUAAAACUGUUGAAAGAGACUUUGAGCGCGAAUAUGAAAAGCUCCAGAAGCUUGAGGAUCAGACAAAGAAGCUUCACAAAGACAUGAAGAAAAGCACAGAGGCUGAUUUAGCCAUGUCUAAAGCAGCAGUGAAGAUCUCUGCAGAUCUGCUGAGCAACCCACUGUGUGAGCAGGACCAGGCCUUCUUCGACUCCAUGACUGCUUUAGACACAGCCAUGAAAAGGAUGGAUGCAUUUAACCAGGAAAAGGUUAACCAGAUUCAGAAGACCGUCAUAGACCCUCUAAAAAAGUACAGCGGCGUCUUCCCGAGCCUCAACAUGGCGGUGAAGCGCCGGGAGCAGGCUCUGCAGGACUACAAGCGCCUGCAAUCCAAAGUGGAGAAGUACGAGGAGAAAGAGAAAACGGGGCCAGCUAUUGUCAAACUUUGUCAGGCAAAAGAUGAGCUGCGACCAGUCAAGGAGGACUUUGAGGCCAAGAACAAGCAGCUGCUGGAUGAGAUGCCCAAAUUCUACCAGAGUCGCAUCGACUACUUCCAGCCCAGCUUUGAGGCUCUCAUCCGGGCACAGGUGGUCUAUUUCAAUGAAAUGUACAACGUCUUCAGCCAGUUAACGGACCAGAUUGACGAAGCCGGGCUGACUGAUGAGCAGAGGCAGAAGGAGACCGAGGCCAAGCUCAACGAGCUGCGCUCUCUGUCCAUCGUCGCCGACGACUGAGGGGGGGAUGCUGAAGAUCGGGAUGUGCUCUUUUCAUCCCUCCCUGAAUGGAUUUCAUCCCCUCCAAGCUCCUCAGGAGUUCAGACGGACAGCAGUGGCCUGAAAAUUACUGACAGUUUCUUUCAUUGCAGCCCCUCUUGUUUUGCACUACAUCCUAAUGUUUUUUUUCCUCCCUCUUUGCAAAGACGUAAUGCGGAGCAGCUGAACGCCACAUUAACUAAGCCAUCAGCCAAGUGCGACUUUAUAAGCCAAUAUGUUAUAUUCUUUUUUGUAGUAAUGGAAUCAGGCUGUGUUAAAGCAAAUGAUAAGGUUUUACUAUGUUAUUUUAGAGAGAGUUUGUUUUCUAAUGUUACAUUUAAAGAAAUGUUUUAUUGAUUACUCGUGUUACUAAAAGUCUAAAUUAUUUUUUACUCCACAAGACUAAAACACAAACGGCUUGUUUAUUGUAAAAAAAAAACACCAAACUGUUCUUUAUCUUCUUGUGAUAUUUAAGUGACUUCUGUGCCAUCGUGUGAGGGCUUUAAACGUUUCCAACCUCACCUCUGCAUAAUGUGUCUCCGCUGCCCUGCUGAAAGGUUAUCCACUCAGACGGGAGAGAGGGACCGUCUCCACCGAGAAAAAAAUGCUUGUACUCCCUCUAGUGGGAAUUGCUGCUCACAGCAAUCGACUUUCCUUUUGUUCACGGCACCCAUCCUUUGUUCUAUUGUUGGUGAGAGUAUGUGUUAGCGAAGAGCCUCACACAUUGUUGGCAUGCUAGAAAGUCCCUUCUCUUCACCCUCAACACCAGGGUUGGAAGCCAGUUUUUGUUUCUGGCCUCCGUUGAUUUUGGAAGGAGUCGCACUGCUUUGUUUUCGCUCUCUAUUGAGAUGAGUCUCGGUAUAAAAGCUAAACUAUACGGUUAUGUACACAUUUGGUUUCUCCGUUGUGACUUUGUUUUUCUGUCUUUCUUUCCUUCGUAUGGUAACAAGUUGAUUUGUUCCAUUUUUAUAUUGCUUUGAGUUGACCUCUGCAACCUACGUCGUUUAUGUUGCACAGAAAUAACUUUGAAAAUGAAGGUGCUUUUCUUAAUCAGUUAAAUUAUUUUUUAAGAGUUGAUUUUUUUUUUGUUUGUUUUUUUACAGAACUAAUGGGAUUCUUUGUCUUUAGUUAUUGUAUUGUGUUACUUUGUCUAAUGAAGUAAACUUAAGUUUGAAAAGAGGCACCAGCUGCUUUCUCAUUAGUAUCUCAAAGUCUGAACAUGAACAGUCAAAACUGUGCAGGUUUACCAAUAUUUUAUUUAUCAGUGCAGAUUGAAAUGAUGUUUUAUUCUGAUGAGCUUAAUUUAAGAUAUCCUCUGAACAACUCGUACCACUAAGCUGCAUUCACACCCCUAAAACCUUUCACAAUUACAACCACAAAUAUCAACGCACUUCAUUGGGCUUUUUGAUAGACCAACUUGGAAGUCCAUAUUUGAAAAGAAGUAAAUUAGGUUUAGUUUUUGCUAUUAUUUAAAGCAUAAAACUGCCUGGUGUUCAUUUAUAUCUUUAAUGUAUGACAAAAUAACAAAAUCCAGUGCAAUGCAAGGAUGGCAUAAUUAAAGUUAUUGCUAAAAGAAACCAUAAGAGCUCGUGUGUUACAGAUAAGUGCACUCAUUCAACAAUAAAAAAAACAUAUUUCAGCCCUUCAUUAAGCGUCUAGAUCUACUUCUACUUCAGAGUUUUAAAAUGAACCCAAAGUUGUUAAGAUGGGUUUGGUUAAGAUGCCAAAAGGACUGAAACAAUGGACUAAAAUAAAGUUAUGUCCAUUAAGUCUGACAUAAUCGAUUUUGACUGAUCAAAGUUUAUCUAGCUGGCAAAAGUAGCUCUAUAACUCAGUGCCAAAAGUGUUGCUUCAUGAUACUUGGGGU